AUGGUAAACUACUGGAAAUCGAAGGUUCUGCCCAAGAUCAAGAAAGUGUUUGAGAACCCAAAAAAGGCAGCUGCUCUUGAAGCUUGCAAGGCCUUCGAUGAAUCUAAGGAGCAAUAUUCGAAAGAGUGUGAAGAGAAAAAAACAGAUCUUGAGCCCAAAGUUACCCAAAUCUAUCAAGCUUCAUCUACUGAGAUUAAGGCUUUGAUCAAGGAACCAACGGAUGCAGCUGUGAAAAAGCACUCAGCAGCAGUCCAGAAAUUCCUCGACGAGCUUGCUAAGAUCGAUUUUCCCGGUUCAAAAUCGGUAAGCGAAGCAGCGACUAAAGUUGGAGCAGCAUACGUGUCUGGUCCGGUUCUGUUUGUGUUCGAGAAG